GUUAUCACUCCCACGUCGUGCAACAUUGCGCCCCCGAUUUCCGUCUGUGCGACUUAUUUUGGGAAAUCCAGACACUUUUAAGACGCCCUGAAGUGAAAAAAUCCCUACGGCAAUCCCAUUACGUCAUCACAAAAAUGAAAUGGUGGUUGUAUUUGUCGGGCGUUGUAAAUGUGAAAAAUCGUUAUUAAAGCGCAGAUCGAGCCGGAAAAGCGACUAAUCUGCUUAAAAUACGUGCAACUAUUUGUAUUUAGUCGGUUUUUGUAAAUUGUAAUCAUAGGGAAGGAUACAGCAAUGUCCGAUCGGAGAGCAGAGUUGGAGAGGAAGAAGGCUCGACUGCAGGCUUUACGGGAGGAGAAGGAUCGUCGCAGGAGGGAGAAGGAGCUGAAGGAUGUGGAGGAAGCGACGAAUCGGGUGUUAUUGGGAACAGAAGGAGACCGUAAGGAGGUCGAUGAGCUGCUGACUUCGUUAGGUGUGGCACCAGUGUCCGAGGUCCUCACCAGUAUUUCUAGUGCAAGCUCGCUUACGCCUGAGCAUAGUCAUAAUCACACGCCUGAUACGUCACUGUUGCCCAACAGUUCGCCAAAUAGUCUUACAGCUAUAAAAAAGCGCACCCCCACUCUCAGCGUAGUCGCCGUGCAGUCCACCAACAUCCCGCCGAAAGAAAUGGUACUUUACACAAAACAAACACAAACAACAACUUCUGGCCAUGAAAGAGACGAUUAUUUUGGAUUUUCUUCGUGGAAAAAGUGCUACAUGGAGGACUGGUGGAGGCCUCGAAAAGCUCAUGCAACCGAUUACUACGACGAAUACAAUCUAAAUCCGGGUUUAGAAUGGGAGGACGAAUUCACAGUUUUGACGUAUGACGAUGGACAAGGUGAAGACGAGGAAGGCAGCCUUCCGCACCUCGGUGGUUUCGGGAGCAAACUGCCCCCGGGCAUCCUCCCGCACGGCCUGCCCCAGGUCAAGGAAGUCCAGCCGGCGGUGACGGCGCUCGAGCAAGAGCAAGCCAAGCAGGAAGUCAAAGAGGUGCGGGAACUCAGCGAAGAAGAGAAGCAGAUGAUCAUCCUCUCGGAGGACUUCCAGCACUUCGUCGACCGCGCCGGCCGCGUCAUGGAGAGGGUGCUGUGCGAGAACGUGGACUGCUACACGGACUACAGCGGCGGUCUCGGAGAGGAGGGGCUGGACGAGAAGUCGCACCAGCGGAUCUCGCUCAAUCGGGGCUUCUACGACGAGCGGUGGUCGCGCAAUCGCUGCGUCACCUCCAUGGACUGGUGCCCGCAGUUCCCCGAACUCCUCCUCGCCUCGUACAACAACAACGAGGACUCCCCGAACGACCCCGACGGCGUGGUUUUGAUUUGGAACACCAAAUUCAAGAAAUCCACGCCGGAGUAUAUUUUCCAUUGCCAGAGCGCGGUGCUGUCGGCCAAGUUCGCGCGCUUCCACCCGAAUCUCAUCCUCGGCGGUACUUACUCGGGCCAGAUCGUGCUCUGGGACAACAGGGUGCAGAAGCGGACGCCGAUACAGAGGACGCCGCUGUCUGCGUCUGCGCAUACGCAUCCGGUGUACUGUUUGAGCGUGGUGGGCACCCAGAACGCGCACAACUUGAUCAGCAUCUCGACGGACGGACGACUGUGCUCGUGGUCGCUCGAUAUGUUGAGCCAACCGCAGGAGACGUUAGAUUUACAUAGGAUGCAAUCGAAACCCGUGGCUGUGACCUGUUUGGAUUUUCCACAUUCCGAUGUUAAUAAUUUCGUUGUUGGUAGUGAAGAGGGCGCUGCGUACUCGGCGUGUAGGCACGGGGCGAAGGCGGGAAUCACCGACACGUACGACGGCCACCAGGGGCCGGUGAUGGGGAUCAGCGUGAACGCGGUACAAGGGGGAAUCGACUUCUCUCACAUGUUCGUGACGUCGUCGAUGGACUGGACCAUCAAAUUGUGGAGUCUGAAGGACUCAAAGCCAAUAUACUCGUUCGAGGAUAAUGGCGACUACGUGUUGGACGUGAAGUGGUCCCCCGCCCAUCCGGCUCUUUUCGCCGCCGUGGAUUGUAGUGGAAAAUUGGAUUUGUGGAAUUUGAACCAGGAUACGGAAGUCCCAGCGGCGAGCAUCACGGUGGAGGGGAACCCGGCCUUGAGUAAGGUUUCCUGGACCCCAUCUGGGUUGCACGUCACCGUGGGUGACAACCAAGGGAAGAUCUGGGUGUAUGACGUAGCCGAGAAUUUCGCCCAUCCAAGACACGACGAGUGGAACAAGUUCUUGCACACCACUCAAGAGUUGCGAAACAACCAAGUCGACGAAGAACUAGAGAAAUUAAAUUAUUCAGUCUCCAAUACUCCUCUGUCUAGUAUGAGUUCCAUUAGUAGUACUCCUUUACGAUAAUUCUAUAGUAGCGAAUUAAUUUAUUUCAAUUGUUAAUCAGCGAUUUUAUAUCAUUUGCAGAUACGGAUUGGGGCGAUGGAGAUUUUUGUUGAGCUGGUUUUAUUUUCGGCCAUUUUAUAUAUGUGCUUCGAAGUCAUACCAGUGUUUAAUUAAGUACUAUCAAUUGGCAUGCUUAACAUUUUAAUUUUGCAUGUACAUAGCUAACUUAUUUGUUUUUUUUUAAUUAUUAUUAACAAAUUAGAAUUUUUUUACAUUGUUAUUUUGUACCAUAUGUGCCGUUGUAAUACUUAUUUCAUUAAACUGCAUUUAAAACAGGCUUCGAUUAUUAAAAACCGACAAAGGGGCGUGUCAAUGUAGUAACCAAUCGCGGUGCAGAGAACGAGCGGUCCGUUCAAAACGAACCAAUGCAAAAACGGAGUUUUGGCGCGAAUAACUUAAUAAACGUCACAUGUUUAUUCUUUGUGGAAAACUAUUAUAAUAAAGUUCUGAAAUGUACGAAA